UCCUGCCGUGUGCGCCUGCGCGGCCAGACGUGGCAGCCGUGUGAUGUCUCCUGCCGGGCUCUGCUGGGAAAAGAAGAGAAUGCUGCUGCUCCACGUCCUGAUCGUCUUCCCAUCCAUCCUCCUGGCGCUAAAAAUCUCUCCGCUCAUCGAAAAAGUCAGCGACCACAAGGACUUUAAGAAGCUGCUGCGCACUCGCAAUAACGUGCUGGUUCUGUACUCCAAAACAGCCAAGGCUGCUGAGCGUCAGCUAAAGCUGCUGUCGGAUGCGGCGCAGGAUGUGCGGGGCAUAGCUACCAUAUCAUGGAUUGACUGCGGUGACUCCGAGAGCAGGAAACUGUGUAAGAAGAUGAAAGUGGACCCUGGCGCGAAGACUGGAGGCGCCGAGCUGCUGCACUACAAGGAUGGGACGUUCCACACCGAGUACAACAGACCGCUCACACACAAGUCCAUGGUGGCUUUUCUGAAAGACCCAGAGGGGGCGCCGCUGUGGGAGGAGAACCCUGACGCCAAAGACGUUGUCCAUAUUGACAGUGAGAAGGAUUUCCGGAAGCUUCUGAAGAAGGAAGAUCGCCCCCUGCUGGUGAUGUUUUACGCCCCAUGGUGCGGUGUGUGUAAGAGGUUGAUGCCAGCGUACCAACAGGCGGCCACCGAGCUAAAGGGCACCUAUGUUUUAGCGGGAAUGAACGUCUUCCCUCCGGAGUUUGAAAGACUGAAGGAAGAGUACAGCGUAAAGGGCUACCCCACCGUUCUGUAUUUUGAGAAAGGAAAGUACAAGUUCAACUUUGAGAAGUACGGAGCAACUGCCAAAGACAUUGCAGACUGGCUGAAAAACCCUCAGGCUCCGGCACCUGAACAGCCCGAAGUGCCGUGGUCGGAGCAGGAAGGCGCCGUCCAUCACCUGACUGACGCCGGCUUUGAUGAGUUCAUCCAGGAUCACCCGUCGGCGCUCGUCAUGUUCUACGCCCCAUGGUGCGGACAUUGCAAGAAGAUGAAACCGGAUUAUGAAAAGGCGGCCGAAGUUCUGCAAAAAGAAAGUGGCCCCGGGGUCUUGGCGGCCGUGGACGCCACCGUCCACAGAUCUCUGGCAGAGAGGUUCCACGUCUCUGGGUUCCCGACCUUGAAGUAUUUUGAGGAUGGUGAGGAGAAGUACACGGUGCCACACCUGCGCACAGAGGAGAAGAUCGUGGAGUUCAUGCGCAGCCCCGAAGCCCCGCCUCCUCCAGAACCGGCAUGGGAGGACAAGCCAUCGAGCGUGCUCCACCUCCUGGGAGACGACUUCAGAGAGACCCUGAAGAAGAAGAAGCACGCGCUCGCCAUGUUCUACGCACCUUGGUGUCCUCACUGCAAAAACUCAAUUCCUGAUUUUAUGACCGCAGCGGAGGAAUUCAAAGAAGACCGGAAGAUCGCUUACGCUGCUGUUGACUGCACCAAAGAGAAGAACCAGGCUCUGUGUAAGCAGGAGGGAGUGGAGGGCUUCCCGACCUACGUCUACUACAACUACGGCAAAUUCACGGAGAAAUACAACGGGGAGCGCUCGGAGUCUGCGUUUGUUUCCUUCAUACGGUCGCUCAGAGAGAAGGACCACGGCAAACUCGGGAAGAAGAAGGAAGAACUGUAAAGCUAAUCCCUCCAGUGCACUGCAGCUCCCAACCUCCAGGGCCCAGGAGAACCCGUCCUAGUGCACUGUAUGAAGAUCCUGAUGUCCAGUGCACCCCUGAUGUCCAGUGCACUGUAUGAAGAUCCUGCACCCCUAAUGUCCAGUGCACUGUGUGAAGAUCCUGAUGUCCAGUGCGCCCCUGAUGUCCAGUGCACUGUGAAGAUCCUGCACCCCUGAUAUCCAGUGCACUGUAUGAAGACCCUGCACCCCUGAUGUUCAGUGCACUGUAUGAAGACCCUGUACCCCUGAUGUUCAGUGCACUGUAUGAAGAUCCUGCACCCCUAAUGUUCAGUGCACUGUAUGAAGAUCCUGCACCCCUGAUGUCCAGUGCACUGUAUGAAGACCCUGUACCCCUGAUGUUCAGUGCACUGUAUGAAGAUCCUGCACCCCUAAUGUUCCGUGCACUGUAUGAAGAUCCUGCACCCCUGAUGUCCAGUGCACUGUAUGAAGAUCCUGCACCCCUAAUAUCCAGUGCAGUAACAUGUGCAAUGUGUGAAGACCCUGCUGCACCCCUAAUAUCUAGUGUAUUAUAAGAAGGCAUUGCACCCUCAAUAGUCCAGUGCACUGUAGCAGGGCCCUGCACCUCCGCUGUAAAAAGGCCAUCCCACAUGGAUUCUCCAAGGCCCUGUAUAAUGACCCCCUGAUCUUCAGUGCAUC